AUGAUUCAACAACAAGAAGUUCUUGAAGAGCUCUUACAAGUGUACAACCAACAGCCUAUUGAAGAACAAAGACUUAUCUUUGUCAUUCACAAAGUUGUCGAACACAUGCAAGAGUAUAACAACAAAAGAUCCCAGCUUGCUAUGAUCGAUGCCCCGUCUUUUUUCUCACCUACCUGGUGUACUUCUAUAGAAAAUUCGUACCUAUGGCUCGGUGGCUGCAGACCUUCGCUAGCGAUUCGACUCGUUUACUCGCUCUGUGGUUCAGAACUCGAGUCACAACUCAGUGAGUACUUACAAGGAGUAAGAAAAGGUAACGUUGGGGAAUUAUCAGCUGAUCAACUCCGUCUUGUUACUGAGUUACAGUGUAGAGUAAUCAGAGAAGAAGAGAAAUUAUUGACGAAGAUGGCUACUUUACAAGAAGAUAUCGCUGAUUAUCCACUCACUGGACUUGUUAACAACUCGGACGAUCCAGGGACUGAGUUGAAUGGGCAAGUGGACCGGGCUUUGGAUACACAUGCUGAUGGUUUGGCUGGUAUAUUAGUAGACUCGGAUAAGUUGAGGCUGAGAACUUUGAAAGAACUUCUAGGUAUCUUUACGCCAUUACAAGCUGUUGAUUAUAUGAUUGCUUCGAAGAAACUUCACCUCCGCAUGCAUCAAUGGGGCCUAAGGAGGGAUCAGCGGCAUGGAAGGGCAUAA